GUUUGUUUAUUCCCACAUGCUGCUGAACAUGUGACAUUCACUCAAAUACAAACCCAGAUCUCCUCCGUCCCAUUCUGAGGCAUUAUAUUUAAAAUUACCAAAUCUUUAUUUUGUUACUCUUGAGAUUUAUUCCAUGAGGAUUAGUUUUCCUAUUUUAAUACUUAACAUUAUAAAACUUUAUUAUAUUCAUAUAUACAUUGUUUUAGGGAGGGGAGAAUCGAUGGAAAAAAAAACAUAUUAGUUUUAUGAGAAGCCAGCAGAAAGACAGGAAUCUUUCAUAAAAUCGUUUUUUUUUCUUCUCUGAUUUGUUCUCAAUACAUUUCAUGUAUGACAUUAAAUAGUCCAUUGAAACGUUUGAAGGCUUCAUCGUUUUCUAUUGUGCCUUUCGGAGGAUUGAGUAUGUAAUGUAACAAUACUGAGCCUUUUGUGAUCUCUUCCAGUAGUCUCCUAGUCUUAUUUGUGUAGCAGGUCUCAGUUGCUGCUCUCAAUGUGACGCAAAUGAACCCCACAUUCCUAGUCUUUUUCCCCUCAAGAACAUUUUUCAUCUGCGAAGCACGGCUGUAAUUAAGUCCUGAUAAUUAGGAUCAGGAUAAUUAGGCUCUGUGCCUGCAAAGAACCGUGUCCCUGAGAUGUACAGUUUCAGUGUUACUGUAGGCUGUGACAAAUACCUUCUACUGACACUGACACACGCUUGGGUAAACUACAAACAAAAGGAGUUGGCAAUUUCAAAUCUCUUAAGGGCAGUUUAAUCAGUUAAACAGAAUAAUGUUGCUUAUAGUAUGCUUUAAGCAUACACAAAGGCAAAAUAAAAGAGAGAGGGUUUUGGGGGGGGUUUUAUCCUGGAAAUCUUUAACAUGACCUUUUAACAUAAGACUUAUGUUAAAGAUCAGUAUAAUGAUUAUAAUGCAUACCUUACUAUGACAUACCAUAGAUAAGACAUAUUCACACUGCCCAGAUACCCUUACCUAUUUCCCCAAGUCAUUGCUGGGGCCAUCAUCACAUAGUUAAGGGAACUUCAACAUAAAUCAACCGGAAAAGUAAGGCUUUUGGGUGUGAACCUGUUUAGGUACCUUGCAAAAAUAAAAUUCAAGUGUAUCUCAUUGUGAGUUUAAAGUGUGAUAGAAGGUCUUUUAAACCACUGUCUGAGCAUGCAGGUCAAAGUAUAAAGCAAAGAUUUAACCCAGACCUGGCAAACUUGGAAAAAUAAGGAUGGGUCUGCUAGUCAUUUGUCCAAGUUCCAUUUUUGUCCACAGGAUGUCACCAAAUUGGAGUGAAUAGCUUGAGACGGCUUCAUCUGUUCAAUCUCACAUAAACCGCUAACAUAGUUUUACACUACCCACAACAUGUGUGCCAUUGUAUACCCAUCUUACAAGAUGCUCAAAACUGAUCAAACUAAUAUUUCUUAUUAUUUUUAUUGAAGAAUUACAAUCCUUCUCCUACUCCAUCAAUGUCAGUAUGUUUCAAGGGAGUGAAAGUGUGGGAGCAAUACUUCACCCUCUAUUCACACACACACACUAAUUUACGUUGUAUACAUAUCCUAAUUAUUUCUCUUCUAAACUCUGUCUGUGUUGUUUGUGUUUCUUUAUACCUAUGUACCUCAGCUUGAGGGUGAGUAGUUCAGUUAUGACAUCUGUUAAGUUAGACAAAGCCAUAGCACUUCAAAGUCCUGUAUAUGUAAACAUAAUUUGCUGUUCCCUUUUAAGAUACACAUGAUAAUUUGUUAUAUUUCUUGUCCUAUAUCCUAAUGUUGAGAAGUGUGAGUGUCUGUCUAUAUGUGUACUUCUGUGUCUGCAAUCUUGAUGUUUGCGUUUGUAGGCUACUUGUGUGGACAGGCAGUGGACCCUCUACUUGUAUGAGCUCUGACAGCCGAUGUAAAAGAACAGCGGUUCUUUAAAAAUAUUUAACAUGUAAUCUUAAGCAAGUCUUGGGGUUGUAUUGAUUGUUUGCAUACGCUACUAAGCUUCGUAUUGCUUCGAGAUAACUUGUAUUGAUUAUAUAGGCUUCACAUUUGAAUAUCAAAUUUUCUGCUAAACCUAAGACUAGAUAACAGUGGAAGAUGGUGGUGACCUAUGCUGGUGGGUAGUUCAUGAUGGCUUGAGUAAUUCGGCUCGUCCUUCUUUAUCCAUCAUCACAAUAAUGCCAUUUUGUUUUGACACUUUAUGACGCAUUCUAAAAACGGUUCCAUCUUUUGUUUCAGGUGAAAUGUGUUUUGGUCUACAUGGUAACUAAGCGCGUGUGCAACAUUUUGAAUGAGCAAGAUUCUACGACAGUUUAUUGUUGAAACUUUACUGAGAUCACAAACGGUUCUUUCUUGAAAGGAGAAUCAUCACCGCAACAAUGGACAGACAUCCUAAAAGAAGGGCGCAGAUGUCAUUCAGGAAAAACGAACAGGGAAAAAAUGAAGAAAGUGAACAAAAACCUAGCAAGAGACUUUGUAGCGAAGGUGUGAGGAGACCAGGUAGGCCACCGAAAGUGUCUUACGUUGAUAAGUCAGAAGAAAAGACCUUCGGUGAAGAGAAACAGCUACCGAAAAACUUUAGCUGUAACGUUAAAUGCAGUGGGGACUCUAAAAAACGCAAUGUUCCAGUGAUUUUUAAAGCAGGUUCCAGUAAGGACAGCAUUGUUCCAGUAUCUGCUUCGCCUCAAGAAACUGAAGACUUGGUCAACUCAACUUUACCAACGGAAAGUGAAGCUAUAAGCCAAAACACUCUAUUUAUGACCCCUGUUUUUACAAACGCAUCUGUUCAAGUGCAGUCUGUCCAGGUUAAAGAGGAAAGCAUUGCUAAUGCUAACAAUGACGACCUUAAGGUAAAUGUUUCACCAAAAAUGACAGAGGUGUUCUCUGUCCCAACUCAAUUUGUGGGGCAGGAUCAACUACAAGUGUCGGGAGAUCGGUCAACACAAACACUUCAAAGUAAUGAUUUCCAGCUACAAUACACUUUUGAAGGGGCUGAGCCGAUCACCCUCAGCCGGGUUCCUUUCCCCCCUUUUCCUAUGAGUUUGCCAAAUGAGACCUCCGUGAAAGUCGAUACCAGCGGAGUAAACCUCACACAAUCUCCAUCAACAGCAGAUGAUCCAGAUAUACCCAUGUGUAAAGACCGCAGUGGCUACAUCAAGAGACCAAUGAACGCCUUCAUGGUGUGGGCCAGAAUCCACCGUCAAGCUCUCUCCAAGGCUAAUCCCAUGGCCAACAAUGCAGACAUUAGUGUACAGCUGGGAUUUGAGUGGAGCAGGCUAACUGAAGAACAGAAAAUGCCCUAUUAUGAGGAGGCACACAAACUUAAAGUUAAACAUCGUCAGGAGUUUCCAGGUUGGGUCUAUCAGCCAAGACCAGGGAAAAGAAAAGGUUGUGGCGCUGGGGACGAGGCUCCUUCAACAUCAACACAAGCACCCCUGACCACCACCUCACCACCUCCAAUUGCCCACAGUUCUGCGACCUACACCAUGGCAAGGCAACCCUCUUCACGUGGUAGAAGCUCAGCUGGACAAUAUUUGUAUAGAAAUGUAGGCAGACCCAGACUUCCUCCUGUGCACAUGAUCAGAGGUCCUGUCCAGAUGCCUGGUGGGCAACCUCUAUUCCUUCAGCAACCUCCUCCUCGACCUUUAGUACAUCUUGCAUGUGGGGAUGUGGUCCACAGGCCCUGCUUCAGAAAACCCAGUGUCCAGCAUGAGCAUAGCCACCCUAUUGAGCCACUACGAGAGGUGACUCCCACCAAUAUGAUGCACUUCCCGAAGGGCUUUCAACUGCAAACAUCAAAUCUUGGACACCAUCAAGUGUACCCACCAGCACCCGUGCAGCACCCUACAAACGCCAUCCCUACUCAACGUUUCCCUUUUCCCUCUCCCGUUUAUGUUCCGGGGACCCAGUUCUAUCCACCUUGCACAUACCCUAAUGCCCAUGGUGCCUACACCUAUCCAAACUUCAACCCCUCCGUGUCAGAUGUCAGAGGCUUCUACGAGGAUCAGUGCCAGAAGCAUGAGGCCAUGUUUGCCAGCCUGUCCCGCGAGUUCCUGCUUCGUGAGGCAGGGGAGGGAGGGAGUCAGAGCCAUACCCAGCUCCCCCCCAUCAGCUCACUGAUGAUGGUCUCGAGUCCGUCCAUGACUGUGCCCACGUCGGAGAUGGUCUACAGCCAGCCUGCCCAAGAGGAUCCCUCUCGUCUGCAGACGGUCAGUGAGGAUGGGGAAGAAGUCCGUGUCAUGAGGAUCCUGUAGUGCAAUUUAAUUUUUCUGUUUGUGCUGAUAAUUCCUAUAACAAGCAGUCAUAAAAUAUAACAUUUCUGUUCGGUUCAUAUAAGCCAUUAAUCGCUCCAUUUCUGUAAGCGUGCUAAACUGUGGGUGUGUGAUGCAUAUGUUGGUUUGUUAUGGAAACUUGCAUUACAUUGAUAUUAUUUAUAGCGGUAUAAAAAUCUCUGCUCAUUAAAAUGAGUCACACUGCUAACACUGUCACCAUAACUGUGAACAAUCUACUGGGGUUAUGAUUGUAUUGAGGAGUUAUAACUGUAGAAAAGUAUGUCUUUGUUAGUAAGCUGUUGGAAUGACUUUCUCCUAAUUGUCAUGAGACGUUUUGUCUUGGUUUGUGACUUAGUUUAAUCUGAUAAUAAAAACAUUUUGUUUAAAAAUA